UUGGCCUGCUACCUGCUUGACUCGCCAGUCUUAUUAAGACUCUCGGUAAAACCACAUUCAGGCUCUGCCUGAUUAUUCUCUUCUUGUUUCAAGUGAUUAUUGAUAGAAGAAUAUCAGUGAAUUGUGUUAAAGUUAAUUAAACGAAAGUUAAAUUACGCAAUAAUAAUUUAUUUCUACUUUUAAUUCAUAAUUUAUUACAUAACGCCAUAUUAUAAUUCUAUUAUUAAGUGUUAUCAUCACACAUAUCUGUGUCGAAAAGUCAAUGUGUUUGAAAUCUGGUUAAUUUUAGAUACUAAAGUCGGUAUCGCGAGGAAACUGGCGGUGAGGAAGCGCGCGGGCAGGAAAUUCUGUGCGGUGACGAGUAUCGCGCGUACGCGUUAAUAAAAUCUAAACGUCGGUAUCAUAAUUUGUAUUUUUAGCGGAUCAUCGUAUAACAGUUUUGUUUCGUGUCGCGCGAUGUUAACACGCGCAAUUUCGACGUGAAUUAAUCAUAAAACGUAUUAUGAAAAUCUCAUCUGGACAUUGGGAUUGAACGCUUGGGGCUUAACAUUAAUUUGCAAUUCACGUUCUUGUUAAUAAAUUCCAUUAAUUAUCUUGAAAUGAGGGGGAUCGGUGUGAUUAGUCUAAUCGCAUUUUGCGUGCUUGCACUGUUUGUUAAUGAUUACGGUGUAACGGAAGGUCACGUGAAAGAUUAUUUACGGGGUUUAUCCGCGUCAAUUACAAAUCUUCGACAUGGAAUCCUCCCAGGCACUCUUUGGUGCGGCCGGGGAAAUAUUGCCCGCGACGACUCCGAGCUGGGCAUGUACUCGGAGAUGGACAAGUGUUGCAGAACUCACGAUCGCUGCGAAGACUACAUAAGACCGAAAACUACAAAAUAUGGGCUUUUUAACGCGAAAAUUUGCAGAAGCUCAUUAUGCGAGUGCGAGUUGCAAUUUUACGAUUGUUUGAAGCAAAUACGCGGCUUUUACCCAUAUGCCGUGAGAAAAGUCUACUUCAAACGAUGCAAGCAGUGCUUCCGUACCUUCUACGAUCCUCAGGAAUGCAUAAAUAAGGGACUUGACAUAAUCGAAGAGAUGGACCGUAAGGGUCAUCGUGUUUUCUGCGCGAAGUUUGACCGAGUUGAUCCAAAAUCGGGCCACCGACACAACAUCACCACGCCGAAAUCGAUCUCCGCCACCGAAGUUUCAACCUGGGAUGAUGAGGAUGAUGAAUACAUACUUUCGCGCUUCAGUUCUAAGGACGACGAGGACGACACUAUCUCUGAAAAUUUUUGAUCAUUCGAAAUGAUCGAACGAAAACAAUAAUUAAUCCAUUUUAAUACUACAGUUCGGCUAGGCUCACAUUUCUGUCAAAAUGAUCGAACAUAGAUAACGAGUUGUGAGUGUUGUGACUUUUUGGAGAAUUUUUCUUUUCAAAGUUUCAACCGUUUUAAGGUAUAAAAACAUUCGCCAAAUCAAAUAUAUAAUAAGGUCAAUUAUAUAAAAAUCAAUGUUUAGCUUUAUACUCCAAGAAAUAUUAGUUCUCUCGUAUACUUUUUAUUUUAAGAGCUAAGUAUUAAUUAAAUAGUUUUUGUAUAACAUCAAAACGCUGGAUUUAACUGUUCCACUUAAAAGCACUUCGAAAUUUCCAUGUUCCAAUGAUAUGGAAUAACGUAUUAAAAUAACGCUUUAUUAUUGAUCUCCUUAACACCCUGAACAUAUUUUACAUCCAAAUGCUUUCCCGACUUAACUUCAAGCUACUAGAGAGUUAGAGUUUAAGAUAUUUAAAUUUUAAAUUCAAUGACAUUAUUCAUAACAAUUUAAUCUAAUGUCUUCGCUUUUUUUAAAAUAAAAAUGAGAAAGCGAUAUAA